AUGGCUUCAAAUCUCCCAGCCCAGCCAAAUCUCCGGGUCACGAUUAUUGCGGCCGACGGUCUGUACAAACGCGAUGUCUUCAGAUUCCCCGAUCCAUUCGCCGUGGCCACCGUUGGAGGAGAGCAAACGCAUACAACCUCUGUGAUCAAGAAGACUCUGAAUCCAUAUUGGAAUGAACCAUUCGAUUUGAGAGUCAACGAGGACAGCAUUCUCGCGAUCCAGAUUUUCGACCAGAAGAAAUUCAAGAAGAAGGAUCAAGGUUUCCUUGGAGUCAUCAAUGUUCGCAUCGGCGAUGUCAUUGAUCUAUCGAUGGGUGGUGACGAAAUGCUCACCCGGGAUCUCAAAAAAUCAAACGACAACCUCGUGGUUCACGGAAAAUUGAUCAUCAACUUAUCAACAAACCUCAGCGCCCCGCAUCCCAAUCAAAAUGGCCUCCAGCGCCAUCAGGCCCAGACGUCGACCUCCAGCGGCCUAGUCCCUCAGGUUGCCACACUAACUCCGCAGUCACAGGCAGGUCCCAGCAAUAGCGAUACAAUGACUGCCGCAGCUUCCAAUCUCUCGUUGAGCCAGCGUACCCCGACGACUGCUCCGCCGACCGGCGCCCCUCCCGCGCUGAACGGCGCUCCUACCAACCCUCCUGGGGCCAAUGUGCCCUCUCGUACCAACCUCAGCUCUUUCGAGGAUAGCCAGGGUCGACUCCCGGCUGGUUACGAACGACGCGAAGACAACCUGGGACGGACAUAUUAUGUGGAUCAUAAUACGCGCACCACGACCUGGUCACGACCAGCGGCCAACUACAACGAGCAGACCCAGCGUACGCAGCGCGAAGCCAACAUGCAGCUCGAACGUCGGGCGCACCAGAGCAGAAUGCUGCCCGAAGACAGAACGGGCGCCAACUCACCGAACCUGCCAGAUGCGCAGCAGAUACCGACACCACCGCCCGGUCCUACGGCGGGAACUUCUCUCGGCAAUGGAGCCGCGACCGGGUCCAACGCUGCUGCUGUUUCCAUGAUGGCGACGGGAGCCACCACUGCAGGCACAGGGGAGCUUCCACCAGGCUGGGAACGGCGGGUGACGCCCGAGGGACGGCCCUACUUUGUGGACCACAAUACGCGCACGACGACGUGGGUCGAUCCUCGCCGGCAGCAGUACAUUCGCAUGUAUGGCCAGGGUCAGACCAGUGGCGGCGCGACCAACACUACGAUCCAACAGCAGCCCGUCUCCCAAUUAGGCCCUCUGCCGAGCGGCUGGGAGAUGCGCCUCACCAACACUGCUCGAGUCUACUUUGUCGACCACAACACGAAGACAACCACGUGGGAUGACCCACGGCUGCCUUCCUCUUUGGACCAGGGUGUGCCGCAGUAUAAGCGUGACUUCCGGCGCAAGCUUAUCUACUUCCGCUCCCAGCCGGCUCUACGCAUCAUGUCCGGACAGUGCCACGUCAAGGUCCGCCGUAAUAACAUCUUUGAAGAUUCGUAUGCCGAGAUUAUGCGGCAGAGUGCGUCCGAUCUGAAGAAGCGCUUAAUGAUCAAGUUCGAUGGCGAAGACGGUCUCGACUACGGUGGUCUCUCACGUGAAUUCUUCUUCCUCCUCUCUCACGAAAUGUUCAAUCCUUUCUACUGUCUUUUCGAAUAUUCCGCCCACGAUAAUUAUACCUUGCAGAUUAAUCCCCACUCAGGCGUGAACCCCGAGCAUCUCAACUACUUCAAGUUCAUCGGUCGAGUGGUUGGUCUGGCUAUCUUCCACCGUCGUUUCCUGGAUUCCUUCUUCAUUGGAGCUUUCUACAAAAUGAUGUUACGGAAGAAGGUCACUCUCCAAGAUAUGGAGGGUGUGGAUGAGGAUUUGCAUCGUAACCUGGCAUGGACAUUGGAUAAUGACAUCGAGGGAAUCGUGGAACUCACAUUUUCGGUGGACGAUGAGAAGUUUGGCGAGCGCCGCACUAUUGAUUUGAUACCCGGUGGCCGGGAUAUUCCCGUCACCAACGAGAACAAGCCCCAGUACAUUGAGUGCGCUGGUUACGGAAUGGAAGAUUGUAAAGCGAGUCGAGGAGCAGUUCAACGCCUUCAUGUCCGGGUUCAACGAGCUGAUCCCCCCGAUCUUGUCAACGUCUUUGACGAGCGUGAACUCGAGUUGCUUAUCGGUGGUAUCGCCGACAUCGACGUCGACGACUGGAAGAAGCACACCGACUACCGCGGCUACCAGGAGCAGGACGAGGUCAUCCAGAACUUCUGGAAGAUUGUCCGUACUUGGGAUGCCGAGCAAAAGUCCCGUCUUCUCCAGUUCACCACCGGUACCUCUCGUAUUCCCGUCAACGGAUUCAAGGAUUUGCAGGGUUCUGAUGGUCCCAGACGGUUCACCAUUGAGAAGUCUGGCGAUCCUAAUGCGCUACCAAAGUCGCAUACUUGCUUUAACCGUCUCGAUCUCCCUCCGUAUAAGACACACGAAGCCCUCGAGCACAAGAUGUCUAUUGCAGUGGAGGAAACGCUUGGCUUUGGACAGGAAUAG